AACGUCAAACACGUGUCACUGUCAAACUUGUGAAGGUUAAAGUGAAGCAGAAAGGAGCCGAAAAAGAAACUUUUGCCGCCUGUUUCGCGUGCCCUUUUUUAACCACCAACAAGAUUGACCUGAACGAUGGCGUCCAACGAAAAUAGUGGGAUAACGACGGGCCAACCCAAUUUACACAAGCAGGACUUAUCGGAAUUGGAUGUUACCAAACUAACUGCCCUAUCUCCCGAAGUAAUCAGUAGACAGGCAACAAUCAACAUAGGCACAAUCGGUCAUGUAGCUCAUGGAAAAUCCACAGUUGUCAAAGCAAUUUCUGGGGUACAGACUGUACGUUUCAAGAAUGAAUUGGAAAGAAACAUCACCAUCAAAUUGGACAAUCUUCAGUACAAUGAUAAAGGGUCAAUUGUGUGGCCGCCGGAUCUCGUGGGGCGAACGGUCGACAUGGAGCAAGCCAUGGAAGCCCUAAAAAAUUGGGAAAAAAGGGGCGAAAAGAGGAAGCGCCCCAGUACCGUUAAUAUUUAUAAAAGGAAAUUUGUUGUUGAGGCCAUCGAGUCUAUGGAGUAUGAUGAGGUUGAGAAAGAACAUUUGUUUUAUAUCAAAUGGGAGGGGUACCAUUCUGAGAGUAACACUUGGGAGCCACUAGAUCAUUUAGAUGGAGCAGAUGAAGUAUUGGAGGCUUAUUUGUCUAAAGUUUUUACUGAUGAGAUUUUAAAGGUGCUGGGCAAUAAGUUUCAGCUGGAUUUGGAGGCUGUUACAGGUGAUAUGCUGCUACAACUCAUUCCUGAUGGAGAUUUAACUAAGAUUCCUAGGAAGUUGCAGGUGCUGAAGCAGCUGUUAAAGUUUCUUCACAUGCCGAUUCAUACACAUUACGUUAAAAAGAUCGAGGAUGGCCGCAAGGCCCUAUUAAGUUAUUUACUGAUUCUAAAAAGAGAAACGCAGUUGCAAAGAUUAAAACGUUGGGAGGACAUUAUCAAUCGCAUGGACAAGUCUGGUACCAUUAUAAAAGUGGAAAAUAACGCGGAUCUCGAAUUCCCGCCAGAAAACUUUUGCUACAUCAACGAGUAUGUGCCCACGGGCAACAUAGAACUACCCGAUAUCCCGGAUGUGCAUUGCGAAUGUAAAGAAUGCGCGCCCGGCAUUAAAUCCUGCUGUGGCAAGCAAGAAAAUCGUUCCUUCACAUACACCAUUAAAGGCCGAGUGAACGUGAACCCUGGCACCGCCAUUUUCGAAUGUAACAAGUUCUGUAAGUGCAGUCAAAAUUGCCGAAACCGAGUGGUCCAGCACGGGAGAAAAGUGCCGCUCUGCAUAUUCCGCACCAAUAACGGUUGCGGAUGGGGCGUGAAAGUAUUAAAGAAAAUCUCUUGCGGGGAGUUUAUAUGCGAAUAUGUCGGCGAGGUGAUCGACCACGAGGAGGCGGAGAGGCGCGGCAAAGCCUACAACGCCGAGGGCAGGACCUACUUGUUCGACCUGGACUAUAAUUCUCGCGAUAAUUUAUACACUGUCGACGCGGCCACUCACGGUAACGUUUCGCAUUUUAUCAAUCAUUCCUGUGAUCCGAAUUUGGGGGUAUAUGCCACCUGGAUCAAUUGUCUGGACCCGAAUCUACCGAAAUUGGCCCUGUUUGCCUUAAGGGAAAUCCAAAAGGGGGAGGAGCUGACUUUUGAUUAUAUGAUGAACAUUGAUACUCCCACUGAGACUAAGACUCCUGAAAAGGGCAGGCCCAAGUUGCAAACACCCGAAAAGGAUUCGAUGUCCGAUAGGCCCACCUGUAAAUGUGCCGCAGAUAGUUGUAGAAGAUAUUUAUUUUAAGUUUAAAACGAAAAUCUCUUUAAUGACACUGUUCCUUGUGCAAUUCAUUGUCACAGACAUUCUUCCCUAGUAUUAUGUGCCUUGACUCUGUUGGUGUUUGACUCUGAAGUUUGUGUUAUUAAUACUUUUCAUUAAAAGUUAAGACUUAAAAUUGAUGUAUUUAAGAUUAAAUCAAUAAUUUAAGUUUUUGUUUGUAAGGUAUAUAAUUAAAUUUUGUUUUUUUUUUCAAUAUUUUUAGGCUAAUAUCUUAUUGUUUUAAUUAAUUUAAUAAUUAUAUUACAUAGGCUAUAGUUAUUGUUCUUAUUGUAGCCACUACAAUAAUAAACUAGUUAAGUAUAAA